UAUAUAUAUAUAUAAAAUAACAUUCGUAGCAAAGCAGACGCCUUGGACUCCGGCAGGAAGAGGUAUAGUAAAAAGUGCAGCUGCAUUCAGCUUCGCCAGCCUCCCCCACUCUCUUCUCCUCGUUUUUAUCCCUCCCCUCCCCGCAAACAUGAAUCUACGUUUUCUUCGUUUUUUCUAUUGAGUGAGUCAGAGAAAGCGUUAGGACGAAGCCGCACUCACGUCUGUGCAUCGAAGACCGUGAGGGGAGAGCGAAUACGAUUCGUUCCGCUGCGUCUGACUCAUCUUGCUGCCCAGAACACCUGCAUUUCUGGAUGUGUCAUUCCCGGCUUUGGAGGCGCCUCGAGAUGCCGAAAUAAUGUGUAGACAAACCUGUGCCUGAGCUCCCCUCGGAGGUAGAAACCCCCAUCCCCACAGGAGCCCGGACCGCGGGGGCCUCGGCUCCUCCGCCCGCUGCCCUCCCAGAGUCGCCCAGAGACCGUGAGAGCGAGACUGCAGAAUGCAUCGCGCCAAACCUUGAUGGGUCUCGUCCACUCCUUUCCUCCUACUAUUAAAAAUAAUAAGGCAAAAAAAGCCCGCACUUCUUUCUCGUCCAAUAUUUACCACUUUUAUUCCUCGCCAACGUUUUUCUUUCUGGAUGAGGAGGACUGGGAGGCUGGGCCAUUUGGAAGGAGAUGCUGAAUAGGAGGAAAAGAGAGGCACUUGACAGCCCAGCCCUGUGAAUGCAGACACUGUUUCCCUUCUAGCAAGACAGGGUGUGUGUGUGUGUGUGUGUGUGUGUGUGUGUGUGUGUGGUGUGCUGGGAGGGAGGCUCCUCUUUCCUUUUUAUUCUUCCUCCCCCUCCCCCCUCAAAUCUGCACGUCCAACCACGAGUUGCCUGUUGAUUUUCUUUCGCCGGGGAAGACAGGCAAACUGGAAUUAAACUGCACCGGGAGAAGUCCCUGCUUGCAGAAAGAGGCUGGGAUGGUAGCGGCGUCUCCGGGCGUGGCGCCGAGACCUCGGAGCUUGUUCCACGGACAGAGGCGGGGGUAGAUCUCUGCAUUUUCCCCUCCCUAUAGACUCUCAGCGCAAAUGCUGAUUAGACUGUAGUUUUCUUGAUUUUCUGAGGAGAGCUUUUUCCGAGGAAGAGAGGGAGGAGCUUGGCAGGGAGAGGAAACUACAAAUCGGGACACUAGUGUUUUCUUUUUUUUUUUUUCUUUUUUCCCCCCACUGCAUUUCCUCCCGAACCUUUGGCUGCUCGGAAAGCAAAGCGAGAAGGGGGAGAGAAAAAAAAAAAAAAAAAAAAAAAAAAAACAACGCUUGGCUGGGAGAUGCAGUCCGCCGCCUCCAAAGCCUUAGCCAGCAAUGCAAGAUUAGAUCUCUAAAUGCAGCAAAGCUCUGUCUGAAAAAUCCCCUGGCCUGCGCAGCGAGCAGACAUUUCACAGUGCCCGGGGAAGCUUUAAACAGCAGAUAUCUGCGACUCCUUCGUGGUUCCUCUUCAUUCCCAGCAGCUUCAUCGCGGGAGAGGAGUAACAAGUAAGGAUUUCACUUUGCGAUCUGCCUGGAGACACACCUCCCCAAGCCCUCCCCCACCCCAAGUGAAGAGUAUUCCGUAGGCUGCCGGCGGGAGUGGAUUUGCAGCGCCCUAGCGGGAGCAAGGAAAACCCACAGAUUGUUCUGCUCAUUAUCUUCCCUCCCAGACUCGAUUUCCUUCUCUUCGUCGGCUUCCUCGGCCAAGUUUCAUCCGCCCGAAGUCCAGGCGGGAGAGACAAAGCCUCGGGCUCGCCCUCCGCGGUAGGGAGCCUCCGCCUGUCUCUGAGCCGCUGCGGCUUUGCUGCGCGGCUGCUCCUCGCCCAGUGCGGAUGCUGUAGAUCAACAGGUUCGGGCAAGUUGAGCGGAAUUAGGAGAGACUGCCUAGUGCCGCAGCCCGGGUGCAGAGGGAAGGACCGAUCCACAGACUCGUGGCUGGCUCCGCGCGCGCUUGCUCCGCCCCGGCCCCAGGCUGGCGCGCACCCACCCGCUGCUCCCUUCAGUUUCGCUGCUCGGGCGCUCGCCCCACCGGUCUGGGAUGUACCUUUCCAUCUGUUGCUGCUUUCUUCUCUGGGCCCCUGCCCUGACACUCAAAAACCUCAACUACUCUGUUCCCGAGGAGCAAGGGGCCGGCACCGUGAUUGGCAACAUAGGCAAGGAUGCUCGCCUCCAGCCCGGGCUUCCGCCGGCUGAGCGCGGCGGCGGCGGCGGGCGAAGCAAGUCCGGCAGCUACCGGGUCCUGGAGAACUCGGCGCCGCACCUGCUGGACGUGGACGCCGACAGCGGGCUCCUCUACACCAAGCAGCGCAUCGACCGCGAGUCCUUGUGCCGACACAAUGCCAAGUGCCAGCUGUCACUCGAGGUGUUCGCCAACGACAAGGAGAUCUGCAUGAUCAAGGUAGAGAUCCAGGACAUCAACGACAAUGCCCCCUCUUUUCCUUCCGACCAGAUUGAAAUGGACAUCUCUGAGAACGCGGCCCCUGGCACCCGCUUCCCGCUGACCAGCGCACACGACCCAGACGCCGGCGAGAACGGACUCCGCACCUAUGUGCUUACGCGCGAUGACCACGGCCUCUUUGCACUGGACGUCAAGUCUCGUGGCGACGGCACCAAGUUCCCAGAGCUGGUCAUCCAGAAGGCGUUGGACCGCGAACAGCAGAACCACCACACGCUGGUGCUCACUGCCCUAGAUGGGGGCGAGCCGCCGCGCUCUGCCACCGUGCAGAUCAACGUGAAGGUGAUCGACUCGAACGACAACAGUCCAGUCUUUGAGGCGCCGUCCUACUUAGUGGAACUGCCCGAGAACGCCCCGCUGGGCUCCGUGGUCAUCGAUCUGAAUGCCACGGACGCUGACGAGGGCCCCAAUGGAGAAGUGCUGUACUCUUUCAGCAGCUAUGUGCCCGACCGCGUGCGGGAGCUCUUCUCCAUCGACCCAAAGACGGGCUUGAUCCGCGUCAAGGGCAACCUGGACUAUGAGGAAAAUGGAAUGGUGGAGAUUGACGUGCAGGCCAGAGACCUGGGACCUAACCCAAUCCCGGCCCACUGCAAGGUCACGGUCAAGCUCAUCGACCGCAAUGACAACGCGCCGUCCAUCGGUUUUGUUUCCGUGCGCCAGGGGGCGCUGAGCGAAGCCGCCCCUCCAGGCACGGUCAUCGCCCUGGUCCGGGUCACUGACCGUGACUCGGGCAAGAAUGGGCAGCUGCAGUGCCGAGUUCUGGGUGGAGGAGGCACCGGCGGCGGCGGCGGCUUGGGAGGCCCCGGAGGUUCUGUGCCCUUCAAACUUGAAGAGAACUAUGACAACUUCUAUACCGUGGUGACUGACCGGCCUCUGGACCGCGAGACACAGGACGAGUAUAACGUGACCAUCGUGGCCCGAGAUGGAGGCUCUCCUCCACUCAAUUCUACGAAGUCGUUCGCGGUCAAAAUUCUGGACGAGAACGAUAACCCUCCUCGGUUCACCAAAGGGUUGUAUGUACUCCAAGUGCAUGAAAACAACAUCCCAGGAGAAUACCUGGGCUCAGUGCUAGCGCAGGAUCCAGACCUAGGCCAAAAUGGCACAGUGUCCUACUCCAUUCUGCCCUCUCACAUUGGCGACGUAUCCAUCUACACCUAUGUGUCUGUGAACCCCACAAACGGGGCCAUCUAUGCUCUCCGCUCCUUUAACUAUGAGCAAACGAAGGCUUUUGAGUUCAAGGUGCUGGCUAAGGACUCCGGGGCGCCCGCGCACUUGGAGAGCAAUGCCACGGUGAGGGUGACGGUGUUAGACGUGAACGACAACGCGCCAGUGAUCGUGCUGCCCACGCUGCAGAACGACACGGCCGAGUUGCAGGUCCCGCGCAACGCUGGCCUGGGGUACCUGGUGAGCACGGUGCGCGCCCUGGACAGCGACUUUGGUGAGAGCGGGCGCCUCACCUACGAGAUUGUGGACGGCAACGACGACCACCUGUUCGAAAUCGACCCGUCCAGCGGCGAGAUCCGCACACUGCACCCCUUCUGGGAGGACGUGACGCCCGUGGUGGAGCUCGUAGUCAAAGUGACUGACCACGGCAAGCCCACCCUGUCAGCCGUGGCCAAGCUCAUCAUUCGCUCCGUGAGCGGAUCCCUGCCCGAGGGGGUCCCCCGGGUGAACGGUGAGCAGCACCACUGGGACAUGUCGCUGCCGCUCAUAGUGACUCUGAGCACGAUCUCCAUCAUCCUCCUAGCGGCCAUGAUCACCAUCGCGGUCAAGUGCAAGCGGGAGAACAAGGAGAUUCGCACUUACAACUGCCGCAUCGCAGAAUACAGCCACCCGCAGCUUGGCGGGGGUAAGGGCAAGAAGAAGAAGAUCAACAAAAAUGAUAUCAUGCUGGUGCAGAGCGAGGUGGAGGAGAGGAACGCCAUGAACGUCAUGAACGUGGUGAGCAGUCCCUCCCUGGCCACCUCCCCCAUGUUCUUCGACUACCAAACCCGCCUGCCCCUCAGCUCGCCCCGGUCAGAGGUGAUGUAUCUUAAGCCAGCCUCCAACAAUCUGACUGUCCCGCAGGGGCACGCAGGCUGCCACACCAGCUUCACCGGACAAGGGACUAAUUCGAGCGAGACCCCUCCCACUCGGAUGUCCAUAAUUCAGACAGACAAUUUUCCCGCAGAGCCCAAUUACAUGGGCAGCAGGCAGCAGUUUGUUCAAAGUAGUUCCACGUUUAAGGACCCAGAAAGAGCCAGCCUGAGAGACAGUGGGCACGGGGACAGUGAUCAGGCUGACAGUGACCAAGACACUAACAAAGGCUCCUGCUGUGACAUGUCUGUUAGGGAGGCACUCAAGAUGAAAACUACUUCAACUAAAAGCCAACCUCUUGAACAAGCAUUCCCGACUUUGCUUUCCUUUGCUAUCCUCACCCUACACUCCAUCACAACCAGACUUCAGUCUGUUGAUCCGCUGCCUCCAGAACCGGAAGAGUGUGUUAAUUGCACAGAUGAAUGCCGAGUGCUUGGUCAUUCUGAUAGGUGUUGGAUGCCACAGUUCCCUGCAGCCCACCAGGCUGAAAAUGCAGACUACCGCACAAAUCUCUUUGUACCCACAGUUGAAGCUAAUGUCGAGACUGAGACUUACGAAACUGUGAAUCCCACUGGGAAAAAGACUUUUUGUACAUUUGGAAAAGACAAACGAGAGCACACGAUUCUCAUUGCCAAUGUGAAACCUUAUUUAAAAGCCAAACGUGCCCUGAGCCCUCUCCUCCAAGAGGUCCCUUCAGCAUCAAGCAGCCCAACCAAGGCGUGCACCGAGCCCUGCUCCUCCACCAACGGCUCUCUGGAUGGCUGUGAGGCAAAGCCAGGGGCUCUGGCUGAAGGAAGCAGUCCCUACAUGCCCACUGACAGUCAGUAUCUGUCCCCCAGUAAGCAACCAAGAGACCCUCCCUUCCUGGCUUCGGAUCAGAUGGCAAGGGUCUUUGCGGAUGUGCAUCCCAGAGCCAGCCGGGAUUCCAGUGAGAUGGGAGGAGUUUUGGAUCAGCUGGAACACCCCAGCAGGGAUCUGGGCCGAGAAUCGGUGGAUGCAGAGGAAGUUGUGAGAGAAAUUGAUAAGCUUUUGCAGGACUGCCGAGGGAAUGACACUGUUGCUGUGAGAAAGUGAGGUGGGAGGAGAAAACGGCAUUGACGUUCUCCUGUCUCUCUGUCAAUUUGAAAGUGAUCACUCCUGGUGACACCCAUUGUACAGGGAUGGAGAAAGACCAAUGCUGCUUUAAGGCUUUUAGUGAACAUCGGAAGUGCCCACAGUAUGUUCUUUUCACUGCUGUUUCUUUUUCAGAAAUAACAAUGGUUUUGACCAAACUCAUAUUAGGACAGAAUUAAUGAUGCUUAAGGAGAAAAGAAUUAAAAAGAGAUGAGAGAGAGAGAAAAGAAAAUGGAGAGAAGAUAGGAGGAUGAGGAGCCAAGUUACCUUUUGACAAUCUGUUAGGAAGGUAUGCAGUGUGCGAAUUCUAGUAUUUCUGAUCAUUCUAAGACUGUCCUCCGCAAUUUAUACUGACUUAACUGUUUACCUAUAAACCCCCUACAAAGCAGGGUCAUAUUUGUGAUCUGUGGUGGAUUUCUAGCUGUCAUCACAGGCUUCUACUGAAAGUCCUGAAAAGACCUUGCAGUAGUCCAAGCUACACCAAACAUUAACACAUAUUUGUGGUAAACAUUUCUGUAUAAAGUUACCUGCCACACAUAUAAACAAAAAGAACAUUCCAUAUCAUUAGUCAGAAGGAAAAAUAAGAAAAAAAAUAACAAAAAAAUAACUCUUGAUCAUUUGUAAGACACCUCAUGUCGUAGUAAAGUUAAAUGUAAAGAAAAUAUAUGGUCCAUUUUGUCUGCACACAAGUAGAACAACUCACUUCAUGAAAGGAGACAAAAAAAUUACAGUCUUCAAAAUGCCUUCUUAGCAUUUUAGUGUCCAACAAAGAUAUUAAUAAAUAUGAGUCCAGUUUAAAUUUGACAUGGGUCAGUUCUGAAAAAUAGGUACCACUGAAUGGAAAUAUUCACAGAAAUUGAAAUGAUUAAUGUGUUCUAUUCAGUUGUGGACACUAAAAUAGCUCAGGAAAAGGAAAAUGUCUUAGAUGUACACAAAUCACAUGACCAUUUAAAUGUGCAAAUGUAAGAAGAUUCAAUGUGUUUACAUCAAAUGGCAUAUUUUUCUUGAUUUAUUGCAGACUCUUCCGUGCAUAUGAGCCAAAUUGUUGAGUGUAUAAGAGCUAUAUUGUGUAUUUUAUUAAAUUAAUAUAUAGUUGUGUUGCAAAAAUAUUUGGGCUUAUAUUGUAAAUGGCAAGUGUUGCCUCGGUAGCUGUCAAACUCUAUGAGUUUUGUUUUUCCCUGCUUCCUUUUCCCCAUGGAAUGUGGGAAGCAGUGCCUCAGAGCAAAGUCUCUUGUUUAAUGUAUAGUCUACCAAGUACUACAGUACAUACUCUGUUCAAAAUGUGUUUGAGUGAGCUGAUGGAGCUAACUGAAAGGUCAAAAAAAAAAAAAAAUACAUCCGUCAGUCAU